AUGUCUAUCGAUUCGCUAAACGACGUCGCUUCAUGCUCCCCGGAGAUGGAAAAGUUCCUGUGUGAAUUGCUGUUGGACUCCACUCAACCCAUCUCUGAACGCUUCAGAGCCCUCUUCUCUCUUCGGAACCUCAAGGGUCCUGCUCCUCGCACCGCCCUUAUUCUCGCAACUAGAGAUUCGUCUAAUUUGUUAGCACAUGAAGCUGCAUUUGCAUUAGGUCAAAUGCAAGAACUGGAAGCCAUUCCUGCAUUGACCUCAGUUCUUAAUGAUCUCUCUUUGCAUCCCAUUGUUCGCCAUGAGGCAGCGGAAGCACUUGGCGCUAUUGGUUCAGAUAGUAAUGUUUCUCUGUUGAAGCGUAGUUUGGAGUCUGAUCCGGCUCAAGAGGUUCGAGAGACGUGUGAAUUGGCUCUUCAACGUAUUCUGAAUUUAAGAAAUGCAGCUACUACGGAUGAUUCGACUGCACCUGGUAUUUCUCCGUUUAAGUCUGUUGAUCCUGCAGCACCGGCCACGUGUUGUUCUUCGGUUAAUCAAUUAAGGGAGUUACUUCUUGAUGAGGAAAAAGGGAUGUAUGAGCGAUAUGCGGCUCUUUUUGCACUCCGGAAUGACGGUGGAAACAAAGCUGUUACUGCUAUUAUUGAUUCCUUGGGUUCCAAGAGUGCUUUACUGAAACAUGAGGUUGCAUACGUUUUGGGCCAAUUGCAAGACAAAGCUGCUUCAGCAGCUCUAUCCAAUAUACUUCGAGAUGUGAAUGAGCAUCCAAUGGUUAGACAUGAGGCUGCUGAAGCUCUUGGUUCAAUUGCAGAUGACCAAAGUGUAGCCCUUCUUGAAGAGUUUACAGCAGACCCAGAAGCUCUUGUCUCACAAAGUUGUCAAGUUGCUCUAAGCAUGCUAGAAGCUGAAAGAUCAGGGAAAUCUUUUGAGUUCUUGUUCAUGCGUACUCCAACUGUGGUGUAA